GGUGGCGUUCAUUGUUGCGGUUGGACGGGUUAUCUGGGGUGUAGGUGACGUAGAGGCUCGUAGAGGUAUUGAUUUGUAUAUUUGUAUAAUGGGUGUACGUGAGUGUUCUCAACGCAUGUAAAAGGAGAGGGAGGAUAGAUGGAUGGAUGGCGGUGGAUGGCGAGUCUCUCUCUCUCUCUCUGUCUGUCCUGCGGGCGACCGACGGGCGCAACGACUGACUCGAUCGAUCGACAACCAACGGCCACGUCUUCGAUGAUGGGAUGGGGUGGGAUGGAUGGUCGGGCAGAAAGAGAGAUACUACCGCUACCGCACCGAUCGAACAGGUCCGAAUCCAAGUAUACUGUGCUCUGUAUCCGUCUUCAGGGAAAAAAGGGAAAAAAAGAUCGAUUAUCCGGGAUCGCAUAAGCCCGCGGUAGCCGAGGGCCCGUUCGAUCUCCGAGAUUACCAGCGAUUAUCUACGCGGCAACCCC